AUAACAUUUCCAAGUUCGCAUUGGCCUCCUAUCGGCGCCGUUCCUUCGAAAGCGCACUGCGCUUAUCGCGGACGCAAUCGCAGGCACCGGCAGCAGAAGAGUCGAGGAGAACAAAUUAGAUCGUCUCCAGAAGCGAGAUUGAUCAGCGAAGAAUCGUCUCCAUCGAUGUCGGAGCUCAAUAUGACGGCGCUUGCAGUCAGUCCUCCGCCGGGGAAGGAGCAGCAGGCUGCCGGGGUGGGAAUACUCCUCCAGAUCUCUAUGUUGGUGCUCUCCUUCGUCGUAGGUCAUGUGCUCCGCCGCCACAAGUUCUACUACAUCCCCGAGGCCAGUGCUUCCCUCAUCAUAGGUCUACUUGUUGGUAUACUUGCUAACGUCUCAGAUACUGAAGUUAGUAUCAGGAGGUGGUUUAAUUUCCAUGAGGAAUUUUUCUUCCUUUUCUUGUUGCCGCCAAUUAUAUUUCAAUCAGGGUUCAGUUUAGCACCGAAACCCUUUUUUUCAAACUUCGGAGCCAUUGUUACAUUUGCUAUCUUAGGGACAUGUAUUGCUGCAGUAGUCACAGGCUUUUUAGUUUAUCUCGGAGGGUUGACAUUUCUGAUGUACAAAUUGCCAUUAGUUGAGUGCCUGAUGUUUGGCGCUCUUAUAUCAGCAACUGAUCCUGUCACAGUGCUAUCUAUUUUCCAGGAACUUGGUACUGACACGAAUCUAUAUGCCUUGGUGUUUGGAGAAUCCGUUUUAAACGACGCAAUGGCUAUCUCCUUGUACAGGACCAUGUCAUCAGUACAAAGUCGCGCUUCCUCAGGACAAAGCUUUUUUGUGCUUGUUCUGAGUUUUCUCGAGACAUUUGUUGGUUCAAUGUCUGCAGGGGUUGGCGUUGGAUUCAUUUCUUCUCUGCUCUUCAAAUAUGCUGGAUUGGAUAUUGAAAACCUUCAAAAUUUGGAGUGUUGUCUCUUUGUCCUUUUCCCUUAUUUCUCUUACAUGCUAGCGGAAGGAUUAGGUCUCUCUGGUAUCGUGUCAAUACUGUUUACUGGAAUUGUAAUGAAGCAUUAUACAUUCUCCAAUUUGUCAGAGAACUCUCAACGUUUUGCUACUGCCUUUUUCCACUUGAUUUCAUCACUAGCUGAAACAUUUGUGUUUAUCUACAUGGGUUUUGACAUUGCAAUGGAGGAACAUAGUUGGUCCCACUUGGGGUUUAUUUUCUUUUCAAUUAUCUUCAUAGGUGUUGCAAGGGCUGCACAUGUUUUUACUUGUGCCAACUUAGUGAACAUGGCUCGGCCAGCAAAUCGCAAAAUACCUGCUAAGCAUCAGAAGGCACUUUGGUAUAGUGGUCUUCGGGGAGCUAUGGCUUUUGCCCUUGCACUGCAGUCAGUACAUGAUCUUCCAGAGGCUCAUGGAAAAACCAUUCUGACAGCUACCACUGCAAUAAUUGUACUAACUGUAAUAUUGAUUGGUGGCUCAACUGGUACCAUGCUUGAAGCUCUAGAAGUAGUAGGUGAUGGUCAAAAUGAUACACUGGAAGCCAAUUUUUCAGAGGACUUUGAGAGUAAUAAUGGCUACAGUGUUCCAACUUACCAAGGAACAUCAUCAGGAAGUAAGAUAAAGAUGAAGCUCAAGGAGUUUCAUAAGAGCACUACAUCCUUCACUGCAUUGGAUAAAAAUUACUUAACUCCAUUCUUUACAACUCAAAAUAACGGUGAAGAUGAUUCUGAUGAAUCACCGAGGCAGAACACUUGAAGAGGAGGAUUCCGCAGUCAAUGUGUAAAAUUGGCGAGCUUCACCUGCCUUCUCGGUUUUACUACCAUCUUUUUUUCCCAGAGCUUCAUAUCCAGUUGCAGGAGGCGAGCAGGAAGAAGUCAAACUCACGCGGUUGAUGGAUCAGCCCCUAGCCUUACCACAUUUAACCUAGUGAAAUACAUCUUAUGAUAGAUUGUCAUAAAGAAAAACACAGCAGCAUAGUAUGUAAACGCUACACUUUGUAUACACAACCGUUGGCCAUUUUGUCAAACUGAUUUAAAUGUAGUCAUAAUAUAGCCGUCACACAUUAAUCUCGAAGUCUUGGAAGCUUUGCUGAAUCUCUACAGAGCUGACAAUAUUUAUGGCAA